AUGUAUAUCAAGCGGGCAGCCCUGCCCUUCUGCGCUUGUUGUCCCGUCCAACAUGGCCUCACUGCGACGGGGAUGUGCACCGCGCCCUUGCCGAGCUCACGGCCUAUGAAUCUCAUUAGAUCGUCGCAAUGGCAGCAUACAUCACGACAACUGCGAGCGGCCUCGGUGCUUCAUGGAAGCCACCCCCACAAGCCCGAUGAACAUCACCAUCACUCCUCCCACCCAUCCCACCCUCGUCGAGACGACCAUCACCUCCAGUGGCCGACGACACCGAAGCCCACGCCCUACGAAAUCUUCGGCCAGGAAAAGAGUGCCCCGUACAGCAAAUCGAGAUUCUACGAGCUAGCCAAGCUGUACCACCCCGACCGCCACCACCAUACCUCACGCACCGUAUCUCGCUCGACCAAGAUCGAAAGAUACCGUCUUGUUGUCGCGGCUAAUGCGAUCCUCUGCGACCCGGCAAAGCGGCGGCAGUAUGACCUGUAUGGAGCAGGAUGGAACGGGCAGGCCGACAUGCACAAUACAUAUCGCGAGGCGGAAAAGGCAUGGCGCCAGCACCCCGGCUCGGCCGCGCAUAACGCAACAUGGGAGGACUGGGAGAAUUGGCACGAGCAGAGAGACGGAAAGAAGCAGCAAGAGCCAUUAUACAUGUCCAACAGCCUGUUUGCAGCCGCGAUCGUGCUGCUCAUCGGGAUCGGUGUAUGGGGCCGAGCAACGACAGCCGGGAAGCGUUCGCUGUCUUUUAUGGAGAUGCAAGAGGAACAAAACAGGAAACUGAGCCGGGAUCUCCGAGCCCAGCAGUUUAUAACAGCUCCUCUGAACAGGCAAGACCGGGUAGACAAUUUUAUUCGCUCGCGAGAGGGCUCCCCGUACGAGUUCCGGCAUCACCCAGGGCACGUCGAAGAGGCUGAAGGGGAGGCUGAAGGGGACCAAAGGGAGUCGAGGUCCUAA